AUGGUUGGAAGUUUGUUAUAUGCUGCCACAGCAACUCGCUCUGACAUUGCUCAUGCAGUAGGAGUGGUGUCAAAAUUAAACUCCAAACCAACAGAGGCACACCUGAUAGCUGUAAAAAGAAUUCUGAGGUAUCUCAAAGGUACAGUUAAUCUAGCACUAAAAUAUGGAAAAACAAGUGAUAGACAGCUGAUUGGAUAUUCGGAUGCAGAUUGGGCUGGAGACUUAGAUGAUCAUCAUUCAACUACUGGGAAUUUGUUCAUAAUGGCCAGAGGAUUAAUUGACUGGCUGAGCAAAAAGCAAGGAGUUGUUGCACUCUCAACAUCUGAAGCUGAAUAUGUGGCACUUAGUGCAGCUACUCAAGAAGCAACUUGGUUGAGAAGGUUAUUGUCAGACUUUGAACGUGAGCACUGCUACACCAACAGUGCUGAUGGAAGAUAA